AUGUCUGAAAUACCUAAAAGAGGACCUACAAAAGAAGAGAUAUUUGACAAAUUUUUAAAAUUGUGUGUUAAACCUAUAUCUCCAGAAGAACGAGAAAAAUUAAUAAACGACAUAGUAGAACGCUAUGGAAUAUCCAACCGUGACGAGGAGAAAAAAAUGUCAGAUGAAGAGGAGUUCGACUUAAGAUUCAAAGAAUUAAUCUCAAAACCAACUCAUUCUGAAUUUAAAUUGUCAGAGGAUCAUAAACGGAGAAUUGAAUCCUUGGGACCUAGUAAUGGACAAGUAAGAAGGUUACCUAAAUGA